AUGCUCAGCCAGGAUCAGGCUACUGAGGCUUGGGGACAGAUUAACGACUUCAUCACCAACCGGAACGGCGAUAUCUUCCAGGAACAGCCCUGGGGUACUCGUCGGCUGGCCUAUCCCAUUCAGCAGGGCUCUCACCACUUUCUGGAAGGCAACUACCGCCUGAUCCGGUUUUCCACGGAAGCCCCUUUCAACCAGGCCCUUGAAAGCUUCCUUAAGUUCGAUGAAAGGGUGUUGCGUUCCCUGGUGCUUUCUAUUCCAAACCGGGAGAUUCUGCCCGAUCCUGCGGCAUCCCGGCCAGCCCCGGUUGCCGCAACGGCAACCCGGCCAGCUGAAGAGGGAGAGGCAGCGGCGGCCCCUGCUGAAGGCGCUGCAACCGGAGAUGCUCCGGUAGCCGUAGCGGAAACCGCUGAGGCGCCCGCCACCGAGGCCGAAGCCAGCCCAGCGGAAGCGACGGAAGCCGUAGCCGAGGCUCCGGCAGAGGAAGCAGCGGCUGAGCCGGUAGCCGAGGCCGCAACCGAAACCGAGGCGGUGUCGGAGACCGAGACAGUGUCGGAGUCGGUAGCCGAAGCAGAAUCCGAAGCCCCGCCAGUUGAAACCGUGGCUGAAGUGGAAGAAACUCCUACAGCCGAGGCCGAAACACCCGCCGAGGCUCCAGAAACCCCGGCAGAAGAAGCCCCGGCAGAACAGGCUUCGUCGGAAGAAGAACAGGCAUAG